CGCGCCAAUUUUGUCAAUUCCUGCGUGCUUCAUGGCGAUCGGCAAAAACUUUCAGUCUGCAGGUUCGUUCAACUCUGGGUCCAGGCCAACCUCUAGACCUACUUCCGGCAGACCCGCAUCUGGUAGACCUAUAUCUGCAGCGCUUUCUGAGACAGGGGCAUGGAGGCUCAAUGUCCAAAGAGAAGAUGGACCAGCGAGACAGCAACGUGCUAUUGCUUCCGAUACUUUGAGUAGAACCGCUCUGGAGGAAUUCAUUGGCGACUUGAACAAGACUGGCAGACCGCUCCGUGAAUACACUACCCGUGGAGGCUUGUAUUUGAAAUACAAAGCAGCUCGAAACAUGGAUGAUCCAGCUUCCAAGGCGCUAGGUGCUGAGAACGUCGAUCGACUUCUCGCGGAGAUUUGUUUGAGUUCUCCAUCGGUCAGAACGGUGCUGCGUAUCACCGAUGACCUGGAGUUGAGCGAACAGACCACAAGUUCUGGUUCCGAUGACCUCGUCAAAGAGAUUGUUGGCACGGCCAGUGCGAGCUUUAUGACGGCUUUGGCGCGUCUGGCUGAACUUAGGGAAGAGGUGCAGGAGCACCGGGAGGAGAAGAAAAAGCAGGCAAAUGCAAAUCUGAGCAAAGUCGCCUAUCAAGCCCUCUAUGGCAUGAAGAAGGCUGUCAUGCAGGAACCCAAGCUCGAGCAGGUGACACGUGCGAGACGCCGGCGAAGUUCAGUUGGGAGCGUGCCCUCAGAGGUGUCUGAAGUUCAUUUCGAUGAAGAGCAGAUGUUUAAAGACAGCACCAAACGGUUUGACGACUGGAUGUGGAAUCAUUUGAAGACCGAGCGGAAAUUGGCCAGGCAGCGGCAGUGCCCAAGGCUUCCUCCCGUACGUCUGGACAUGCGGCUUUUGGGCCUUGCUUAGGCUUAGAUGAUUGUUUGGCAAGAGAUGUUCCCGAGUGUAGUUGUCUUCAACCCCAUUUUAUGUUUUUGACCAGUUGCCUUCUGGUAACUAGAGUCACUAGAGCAUGUAUGGGCAGCCUGUGAAACAGCUCCCAUCCAAAUGCAGUCUUUUGCACUUGCUGCACAAUUUUGCGAUGCGUCAUGUUGCGAACUACAUGCUGCGAAGCAGAUGGAGAAGUUACAUGGCAAUUUCCAUGGAAUCUUUGGCUCCCUUUAGGGUGUGCCGCUUGGAUGCUUCAAGAGUACAGUGCCCUUGAGGGCACUUGGAAGACAUUCUCUUCUUAUGGGCUGCCGAGAGCACCACAUCAUUUUUCAAAAAA